CCUCCGCCCUCCUCGCUCGUCGUCGCUCCCCAAGGUUCUGCCGAGGUUUCUCUCCUCCUCCCCCUCCUACCAGCUACCCACUCACGCCCCUUUCCCUCUACCCAACCACCCACAAUCCAAUCCGACUACCCGAGGUCGCCAUUGGAGCCAGAGCCCGAGGCAGGACGCUAGGCGCGCAUGCCGCUCCUUCUCUACCCGUUCUCCGCGUGCGUGCCGCCGCCGCGGGCGCUGCUCCGCCGCCUCUCGCCGCCGCCGCCCAUGGCGGCCGUCGCGCCGCCGCCGCCCGCCGUGAGGAUACUCCCCUCGAUGGGCGCGCUCGACCUCCCGCCGCUCCCGCCCCCCGCCACCGACGACUUCCACUGGCUCGACCUCUUCGCGUUCCUCAACUCCCCCGCCGACACCUACCACCAGAUCCCCCAGCAGGGCGGGGAGGAGGAGGAGCUGGAGGCGGGGCUCGAGCUCGAGCUCGAGCUCGAGCUGGAGAGGCACGCCGAGGUGGAGAGGCAGCGGGAGCGAGCGCGGAAGGCGCAGCACCGGCGGCUGCGGCAGCGGCAGGUGAAGGCGGAGACGGAGGCCUGGGCGCGGGCCGCUGAGGAGUACCGCGAGAUCGAGCGGGAGAUGCUCGACCGCAGGCUCGCGCCCGCGCUGCCCUACGUCAAGUCGCUCUUCGUCGGAUGGUUCGAGCCCCUGCGCGACGCCAUCGCCAGGGACCAGGACGUGCAGCGGCGGAAGCGGGUCAAGCACGUCUAUGCCAAGUACCUGCUCUUGCUCCCCGCCGACAAGGUCGCCGUCAUCGUCAUGCAUAAGAUGAUGGGCCUGCUCAUGUCCAGUAAGGACGGCACCGGCAGCGUCCGCGUCGUCCAGGCCGCGCACUGCAUCGGCGAGGCUGUUGAGCGCGAGUUCAAAGUCCAAACAUUCUUUCAGAAAAGUAGGAAGAAGAAAGAUCAAGGUGAAAAUGAUCCAGCAUUGGAGAAGGAGCAAGCAAAAUGCCGGAAACAUGUUAAGAGUUUAGUUAGGAGGCGGAAGAUGAGUGACGCGCAGAAGCUGGUUCAGCAGGAGUUGGAAUUGGAGGAAUGGGGCACAGAAGCCCAAGUGAAGUUGGGAACUCGUCUGAUUGAAUUAUUACUGGAUUCAGCAUUUGUGCAAUCACCAGCUGAUCAAACACCAGAUAGCUCUCCAGAUAUUCGACCUGCAUUUAAGCAUGUACUACGACAGCCUAUAAUAGAAAAUGGGAGGUUAAAGAAGAAACAUUGGGUGAUAGAAUGUGACCAUCUUGUGCAUGAGGGGUUUGAAAGCACUGCUAGACAUGUUGAUAUACCCUACCUUCCUAUGCUGGUACCUCCAAAAAAAUGGAAGGGUUAUGAUAAAGGUGGCCACCUUUUUCUUCCCUCUUACAUUAUGCGUACACAUGGUGUGAAGGACCAAAAGGAUGCCAUUAAGAGUGUUCCUAGGAAACAGCUGCGAAAAGUAUUUGAGGCAUUAGAUAUCCUUGGAAGUACUAAAUGGAGGGUCAAUCGUAGAGUUCAUGAUGUUGUUGAGACUAUCUGGAGUCGAGGUGGAGGCAUUGCAGGGCUGGUUGACAAGACAAAUAUUCCUCUACCUGAACGACCAGAAUUGGAGGACCCAGAUGAAGUGCAGAAAUGGAAAUGGAGUUUAAAGAAGGCAAAGAAAACAAACCGUGAACUGCAUGCUGAGCGAUGUGAUACUGAACUUAAACUCUCGGUUGCUCGUAAAAUGAGAGAGGAGGAUGGAUUUUAUUACCCUCACAAUUUAGAUUUCCGUGGUCGUGCAUACCCUAUGCAUCCACAUUUGAGUCACCUAGGCUCAGAUCUAUGCCGAGGUGUUCUAGAGUAUGCUGAAGGGCGGCCACUAGGAAAGUCUGGAUUGUGCUGGUUGAAGAUACAUUUGGCUAACAAAUAUGGUGGAGGUGUUGAAAAGCUUUCUCAUGAGGGCAAGCUAGCAUUUGUGGAGAACCAACUGCUUGAUAUAUUUGAUUCAGCAGCAAAUCCUGUUGAUGGAAACUGCUGGUGGAUUAAUGCUGAGGAUCCUUUUCAGUGUUUAGCAGCAUGCAUGGAUCUUUCUGAUGCCUUAAAAAGUUCAUCACCUUACCGUGCGGUCUCUCACCUGCCUAUUCAUCAGGACGGUUCAUGCAAUGGUUUACAACACUAUGCCGCUCUUGGGAGGGACUACAUGGGCGCGGUUGCUGUCAACCUUGUUCCUGGAGAGAAGCCUGCAGAUAUCUACUCAGAAAUAGCUGCUAGGGUACAUGAUGUUGUACGUGGAGAUUCAUUGAAGGAUCCUGCUACUAAUCCAAAUGCUUCAUUAGCAAGAGUUUUAGUUGAUCAGGUGGAUAGGAAGCUUGUUAAGCAGACAGUCAUGACAUCAGUCUAUGGUGUUACAUACAUUGGUGCUCGUCAGCAGAUUACAAAGAGACUUCAAGAGAAAGGGCUGAUCACAGAUGACAAAUUACUCUACGAUGUAUCCUGUUACGCUACUAGGGUAACUUUGGAUGCACUGGGUCAAAUGUUCCAAUCUGCUCGUGGUAUAAUGGCCUGGCUGGGUGAUUGUGCAAAGAUGAUUGCUUCAAAAAACCAACCAGUCAAGUGGACGAGUCCAGUUGGUCUUCCAGUUGUUCAGCCCUACAAGAAAUAUAAGAACUACAUGAUACGAACUUCCUUGCAAUGUCUGGCUUUACGGCGUGAGGGUGAUGCGAUUGCAAUCCAUCGGCAAAAGGCAGCUUUUCCACCGAAUUUUGUGCACUCCCUGGAUAGUUCACAUAUGAUGAUGACAGCGAUUGCUUGCAAGGAGGCUGGUCUUCAUUUUGCAGGGGUGCAUGACUCAUUUUGGGUGCAUGCAUGUGACGUUGAUCAAAUGAAUCAGAUCUUGAGAGAACAAUUUGUGGAGCUUUACAGCAUGCCAAUCCUUGAAAAUUUGCUGGAGGAGUUUCAGAAGUCAUUUCCGACACUAGAAUUCCCCCCCUGUCCGCCACAAGGGAACUUUGAUGUGAGAGAAGUUCUGACUUCCACAUACUUCUUCAACUAGCAUACCAGGGGAACCUCUGUACAUGCAACAUUCUGAAAGUUACGGUGCUGUUGGACUAGCCUCCAUAUCAUUACACCGUUGAUGUGCCAGAGCCAAGUAUAAAUUCUGAUACAGAAACCGCCUGUGCAUAGGCUUUCUUUAGCAUAAGAAGCUAGAGAACAGCAGAAAUGAUCCGGACCCCAGCGCAAGCCGAAUGGUUCCAAGGGAUCUGAGAUGAACAAGCCUCAAGUAGUUUCUGCUGAAGUUUUUAGGUUGAUGCAGGAUCUACCAGGAUGUGUUCCGGCUUCAUGUAAGUCAGACAGCAACUGGCUUCCAAGACAAAGCAUAAGCAUAGGCAACAGUCCUGCCGCUGAUUCAAAUACUUGACUGAUAGAAGUCCUGCUGAUCGUGCUGACCUGAUUGAUCAUAGGCGACAGUCGAACAAUAAGUUAGAUGUAUAUACGUGUAUCAUCAUCAUGGUCGCAUAAUGUUGCGGCAUCGCCCUUGUAAUAAAAUGUAUAAAAUCCAGUAGCCAAAGAUAAAUGUAUACGAGAAUUGUAGUUGCUGUUGGCAGCAAGUUUUGUAACAGAGAAAUACACAUGAAAAAUAGGUGGACUUCAGUUCAUUGAUAUUCUGCUCU